GACAUGGCACAAUUUAACAUGAAUCUAUGUAUCUACGGGCAAAAUUGGGACUAGUAGCUUUUCUACGAACAGGUCAGUUUCCCUCUGCUCUGUUCCUCUAUGGUUUUGUUCCUGUUGGUUCUUCAGUUUUUACCGUGUUAAGAGUUUGUUUUUGCCUGCCUGCCAGCUUAUCCACCAACUGACUAGAAUUAAAGAUGGGAAAAAUCCGCACCAAAACGUUGGUGCUGGGGGUUUCUCUUGGUCUGUUCGUCCUCUAUCUCAGUAAAGAUUUUGCUGCCAAAAGAGUCAUUUGCCACCCCAAAACUGUGAGAGAGGGGAGAAGUGAAAUAGGAAGAUCCACCACAAACAUCUCCUACGUAUACUCCUUCCCGAAAUGCCAAAAAAACACUUCUGCUGGAAAUGUCGAAGGCUUCAGCUCUCUUCCUGGUAAUAUACAAGACUUUCUCUACCAUAAACACUGUCGACAUUUCCCCAUGCUGCUGGACGUUCCUGACAAAUGCGGAGGAGCUGAUGAAUCUGCAGGGGUCUUUCUCCUCCUGGUCAUUAAAAGUAUCCCUGAUAACUUUGAACGUAGAGAGGUACUGCGCAAAACCUGGGCUACAGAGAGGCUGCACAACGGUGUGCAGAUCCGGAGGAUCUUCAUCUCAGCAGCGACGGGUUCUGGUUUUGAAAGAGAGAGAAAGAACAGACUUCUUGAACUGGAACAAAAAGAGUACAAUGACAUUCUUCAAUGGGACUUUAAAGACACGUUCUACAACCUCACCUUAAAGCAGGUGCUCUUCUUAGAAUGGAUGGAAAGAAACUGUCCGAAAGCUCGCUUCUUGCUAAAUGGUGAUGAUGACGUUUUUGCGAACACAGACAACAUGGUUGAGUAUCUCCAAGGCCUCAGGGACAAUGAUGGAAGCAAGCACCUCUUUACCGGACAUUUGAUUCAGAACGUGGGGCCCAUCAGAUCACCAGGGAGCAAGUAUUAUGUUCCAGUGCAAGUGCAGGAGUCAGAGUCUUAUCCCCCUUAUUGUGGUGGUGGAGGCUUCCUCCUGUCUGGCUAUUCAGCUAUGGUCAUAUACAAAAUGUCCAAGUCCAUCCCUUUUAUUCCUAUUGAUGAUGUUUACAUGGGGAUGUGUAUGGCCAAAGCAGGAUUAGGUCCAGCUCACCAUAUGGGUGUGAGGACAACAGGAAUGUACAUUCCCUCUCAUAAACUAGAUGAAUUUGAUCCCUGCUAUUAUAAAGAGAUUUUACUGGUGCACAGAUUCCUUCCAGCAGGCAUCUAUCUUAUGUGGCAAAGAAUUAAUGACCCCAAUCUAAAAUGUGAAUUGGCAAGGAAAUCCUUUUAGUAGCAUUAAGCUCACUGGUGGUGUCAAUACCCUGUGACCAAUUGAUGGCAGGUCUAUGACACAUCCUCUAAUGUCACUGGUAGAGACAGGUCUCCUCAGCCAAACAAAUAUACAGUACGGCACUAUAAUCACAUCUAUGAAGAGGGAAAGUGUGUUCUGACACAAAAUUUGUUGACGAUCAGAGAUUGGACCAUUUUAUCAGUGGGCGGGCCAUUAAUGAUGAAUGCGGUGUGUGUGUUUGUGUGUUUUGAUGUUAGUUUAUAUUUAGCUUGAGCUCAUUUAAGUACAUUUUUCUUUAUUUGUUUACUAUAUCUUGUGUAAUUAUGUUUGAACAAUAGGUCAGAAGACAAGAUGUUUUGCAGGACUGACAUCAUUUUUGCACUGUCAUUUACAAAACAAGAUUCUGGUUACAGUAAUAAGGUGGGGCAGUGCCUCUCCAGUCAGGACUCGUAUGUACAGAAUGAUAAGGGUAUGGUUUUACCUUACAAGGAUUGAAUAAAAGUAUUUUUUGUUCUUUAAACAGUCUAUUCUAUAGAAAUGUCAAAAUCGACUUUAUUUUUUAAACAUCUUAAAAAAAGGAUUUAUUUUGUGCUAUUUUAAACUUACAGAUGACCUACUAUGUCUCUCCUUAUUUAAUGUAAUACAUAGAAGAUGUUUAUAUCAAAGUCGGCAAUUGUUAUUCUUGCAAGAUGUUAAAACAACCCUUUCACAGAUGUGAAAUGCACCUUCUACACCUACAUUUAUACUCACCGUGCCAUGACCAAAUUAUGUCUACAUUUUUUUUAAUUAUUGUUAUAAAUACAUGUUAAAAUAACUUAUUAAGAGAGUAAAAUAACUCAGGGUUUAGGAAUAAAGCUGACAUGCGUGGUUACUAUUAUACAGGGGUGUUGAUUGUUGUUUUUUUGUGUCAUAGUCAAAAGUUUGCCAAUAUGUCAUUGUAUUAAAAGAGUUAUGGUAGCGGUAUUUCUGUGUACUGUGAAUAUUUAUGUUUGUUGUUUUUUCAAAAGGAAACAGGGAAUUUGUCAAUCCUUGCAAAA